GUGAACUGAGACUCGGUCAAGGAUGGAGGAAGAGGCACGCAAGCUUUUCGAGGAAGGAAUAAGAAAGAAAUUGAUCAGUCCUGGUAAAGGAGAGCUAUCGUCCUUUCCUAAUGGAACCAAGGUAGUCUUCCACUACCGCACCAGCCUGUUGGAUGGCACAGUGCUGGAUGACUCCAGAACCAUGGGGGGCCGCAACAAACCCAUGGAGCUCAUCUUGGGCAAGAAGUUCAAAUUAGCUGUGUGGGAGAGGGUGGUCAUCACCAUGAAAAAGGGCGAAAUUGCAGAAUUUACCUGCGACAUCAAGCACACGUCGCUGUACCCGCUUGUGUCCCAGUCCCUGAGAAACAUCAGCGCUGGUAAGGACCCGCUGGAAGGUCAGAGGCAUUGCUGUGGCAUUGCCCAGAUCCACUCCCACCACUCUCUGGGGCACAAGGACCUGGAUCAGCUUCAAGCCAGUCUACAGCCUCUUGUCUUCACCAUCGAGCUGCUGGAGGUUAUGCCUCCAGGAACGUUCCAGCUCGAUGUGUGGGCUAUGACAGAUGAAGAGAAACUCGAGUUCGUGCCUCAAAUCCAUGAGGAGGGCAACACACUUUUCAAACAGGGCCAGAUUCAGGAAGCCACAGAGAAGUACUACAAUGGAGUUGCCUGCCUCAAAAAUCUACAGAUGAAGGAGCACCCUGGAGAUGAAGCAUGGGUAAAGUUGGACCAUAUGAUCACACCACUGCUCCUCAACUACUGCCAGUGCAAGCUACUCCAGGGCCAGUACUACGAAGUCAUAGAACACUGCACGUCCAUUGUCUUCAAAUAUGAGGACAAUGUGAAGGCCUUCUACAAGCGGGCUAAGGCCCACGCUGCAGUGUGGAAUGAGGUAGAGGCACGGGCGGACUUCAAUAAGGUGUUGGAGCUGGACCCCUCUCUGGGGCCGUCUGUUGCCAAGGAGCUGAAGGCCAUGGAGGAGAGGAUCCGCACCAAAGAGAAGGAGGAAAAGGGUCGCUACAAAGGCCUAUUUAACUACAACACACCACCAGCCACUGCCACUACAGGUUGAAUCUCACAGUGGGUUGGAACAAGAGGAUACCUGUGAAUUUCAAGAUGGAGAAGAAACAGUAGACGCUGCUCGUGUUUUCGUUUUUAUCCAUGCACCCAAGCCAUACACUCUGCCACCCUGCCCUCCAUGGUACACACAGAAACCUUCUCACACACUGUCGGGUCAUACACACAAUGUCACUCAUAUAUAUACAUCUAUAUAUCUCUCUCUAUAUAGAGAGAUAUAUAUAUAUAUAUAUACUGAGGUGUGACUCUCAGUCUUGUCUUGUUCCUCUAGGCUCCCACUCUCUAAAGGUCAAAUUAAGAUUUUUAUGAGGACAUGCUGACUUUAUCAGCUUGACACUAAUGAAAGUCCAGUAUCCCACAGAAACCAUACAUAAAAUAUGUUCCAGCCAACGGCAUCAUUAUAUCAGAGCAUCAUGGUCUUCAGUCCAAGGGAACUCUUAGCUUGUUAUGGCUCCAGAAGUUUUAACGGUCUUGGUAAAUAACUUGCUCACAGUAAUGGCCCAAAAGUCAUUGUAUGACGAUCUAUAAAGCAAAGAGCUGUUUGCCACAGUAUUAGAAACAGCUAGCUAAAGCAUUUUUUCUUUGCAUGCUUUUUUUGAAGUAUGUGCAGAGCUGCUGGAUAAUCCUAAAAUUACACAGCCCAACAAGGUUCAGUGGAUUCCAGGUAGAAAUGCUCUCCUGUCAGAAAACCAAGGAAUAUUUUUUAUUUAUUUAUUUUUUUUGCACAAGGGACAUCAUGUACUCACAUGCACACCUCUGCCUUUCACCGCCAGAGCCCCUCUAUAAUCUUGGUCACAGUGGAGGCACUGGAAUAAGCAGGAGACCAUUAUCUCCUGGUGGAUGCGACUGCGAAACCGAGCUGUCUGUGACAAUCAUUAUAUAUAACACAUGGACUUGUGUUAUCUUUGCUUUCUCCUAUGUACUUAUUUCAUUUAUGUAAGAAGUAUACCAUUAUGUUUUUGUCGAGAUGUACUCAACAAAGUCCUCAUUGUCUCCUUCUCCUGCUUAGUAAGAGCAUAUCAUCACUCUUCAUGUGAAGCAGCGGGUCAUUAGCCCAGCUCUACCGAAGUGAGAUGUUGUCGAGGUUGUGAUUAUGUAACUGAAAAUAAAUUUGUGUUUAUCCCCGGC